AUAUUCACAUGCACCUGGUGAGAAGAGAGUUAUGACUUUAUGGAUAUUCCUGAUGCAGUUUUGGGGAAAUUGAUUUCAGUGACAACACUUACUAUAUUCACAGUUUUGGUGUUUUGGAUUAACUCUUAUCCUUUCAUUGACGAAGAUCUUGCAAUCUACACAUACAUUCCUAAUCCACAGUGGGUGUUGCUGGCUUGUGCUAUUUGGGGAUUCUUCUUUGUAGGGGGGCUGAUGUCCUUUACCCUAUAUCAUAUCUACCCCUAUUUGUAAUACACUUCAAAGCUUUAAAUAUACCUUUGAAAUUCAAGUUAAAGAAAAAAAUAUAACUACUGCGCUAUUUCAAAAUUUCAAAUUUAAUCAGGGGAGUAUGUCUUUGCCAAAUAAAAAUAAGUGGAUUAUCAUUGGAAUAUCUGGCGUCACCUGUGGUGGAAAAACAACUUUAGCUAACAACUUGCAGCGUUUACUGUCACCAGUGUACAUUUUCCACCAAGACAAGUACUUCUAUCCAGACAACAGCCCUCAUCACAUAAAAUGUGACAACUUGGAGCACAAUAACUAUGAUAUUCUGUCAGCAUUGAAUAUGCAAUUGAUGUAUGAUGAUAUUGUUAAAACCAUCAAUGGGGACAAUAAAGCACAUGCACAAAAUCUGGAGAGAGCUUGUGGAAAAUUGGAAGUGAAAGGGAAGAAGUUUAUGGUCCUGGAGGGGUUCACAGUUAUGAAUUAUAAGCCUAUAAUGGAGCUUUGCCAUUUAAGGUAUUAUUUCGUGUUAGAGUAUUCAGAGUGCUUGAAUCGUCGUGUAUACCGACUGUAUGAUCCACCAGACAUUGACGGAUACUUUGACCAGUGCGUGUGGCCAGAACAUCUUAGAUACAGAGCUGAGAUUGAAAAAGACAAACGUGUAAGCAUUAUAGACGGAACAAGAAAUGAUUCUCUUGACAUUGUUAUAUCAGAUCUCGAGCGCAUGGGUGCUGAGAAAAUAUGUUCUUCAGCUUAUGUUUUAACUGACCGGUAAAAAAAUGCCUGAAUUACUAAACAGAAGAAGGUGGAUUUUCGGACCAUGGGUUAGCAGCACUUACUUUUAGCUUGUACUAGCAAAUUGGAGCCCAUUUUAUUCUAAUCAGAACAAUUCGGUACAAGAAUUUGAUCUUAAUUUUGUUUUCGAAAUCAAGUUAUAUAGUAAAAUUCUGCAUUUAGUAUCUAAUAAUUAUUUAAAAGAAAUUCAUAGUUAACUACACUGGGAUAUUGUGUCUAUGAAUUAUUCUAAUUUAUUAGAAUGCCUAGAUAUUCUUAAAGUCAACUUACAACUAUACUUAAGAAGUUAAGAUUAAAUGUUUGGCCUAUGUAUUUAGUUCCACUUCUGAUAUAGCACGCAGUAUUUUUGUAAAUUCUUACGUUGUUUAUUACUAAUAUUGUUGCUAUUUUGUGCUAUGAAAUGUAAUAAAUUUAUAUUUUCCAAUU